AUGGCGCCGAUUACGGCCCCGGAUAUCCUGUCUCCUGAGCAAUGGGAGGUCCUGCUGUCCAUUUGUGACACUAUUAUUCCAUCAAUUGAAUAUGAUGGUCGUGGCUCUGACCAUGGCUCGCCGCUUGAUGCCGGCGACGACGACAAUGCAUCCUUAAUCAGGGCCUACUAUCAUGAGAAAGCUUCCGAAAUUCCAGAGCUACGGGUCCUGCUGGAAAGACUUUUCAACAUUGUCCUCAAUUCCACCGAGAGAGCCGAAAUUUCUCGGAUGCUCACCCUUCUAAGCUACUCUGCUGCCUCGAUCCUCCUUACCGGCCGACUGACAGUAUUCGCCAAACAGCCGCUGUCUAUCCGACAAGAGAUCUUAGAGGGCUGGGCACACUCCAUCCUGCCUCCACUCCGACUCUUCCAGCGAACUAUGGCGUUGAUCACCAAGAAUCUGUGGGCUCGAACCAGUCCCAACCUCCGUCCGCUUAUCGGACUACCACGGGUUCCUAUUGAUGGCAAGGUUGGGAAAGGGUUCGAUUUCAACUUCAUACAGAUCCCUCCUGGUUCCGAACCAGAGGUAAUCGAGACAGACGUGGUCAUCGUCGGCAGCGGCUGCGGUGGCGGAGUCUGUGCAAAGGAGCUCGCAGAAGCCGGGUUCAACGUGAUAGUGGUUGAAAAGGGCCACUACUGGCCUCCCGAGUAUCUGCCCAUGGACGAUAUCCAAGGCCCAUGCCAGCUUUUCAUGAACGAGGGUCAGAUCAUUUCGGAUGACGGAUCAGUCGUCGCAUUGGCCGGCUCGACCUGGGGAGGGGGUGGUGCCAUCAACUGGAGUGCCUCAUGGCCGGUUCAGCCUUAUGUUCGGCAGCAAUGGGCUGCUACGGGGUUGCCUCUUUUCACCUCCGAAGAAUUCCGGGAAUCCGUGGACCGAGUGUGCGCCACAAUGGGCGUCUCUACCGAUCAUAUCAAGCACAACAAACCGAAUCUCAAGCUCUUGGAGGGAUGCAAGACCCUGGGCUGGAAGCAUUCUGCUAUAGGACAGAACACUGGUGGCCAUGAACACAGCUGUGGUCAUUGUCAUUUUGGCUGCCGGUCUGCUGAGAAGCAGGGUCCCGGAGUCGCAUGGCUACCCAAAGCUGCGGAGGCCGGAGCUCGAUUUCUCGAGGGUCUGAGGGUGAACAACGUCGAAUUUGACGAUAUCGAAGGACAGAAAGUGGCCAAGGGGGUACGUGGAGUCUGGACCUCUCGUAACGAGCAUGGGGGUGUAGCAGGCAAGCCAACUACAACGCGAGAGGUGUUCAUCAAAGCCAAGAGAGUCAUUGUCUCUUGUGGUAGUCUGCAAUCACCACUGCUCUUGAUGAGGUCCGGUCUGACCAAUCCACAGAUUGGCAGGAACCUGUACUUGCACCCUGUCACUCUGGUCGGCGGCAUCUACGAGGAAGAGAUAAAGCCAUGGGAGGGAUCGAUUCUCACCACCGCUUGUACUGAAUUUGAAGACCUGGAUGGUGAGGGUCACGGCAUCAAAGUAGAAGUCAUGAAUACUUUACCCAACACAUGGCUUACCUGGUCUCCUUGGGAGAAUGGCCAGCAGUUCAAGAAGCUGGCUUCCCAAAUGGACCACACCGCCGGUUUUGUCAUUGUUCACAAAGACAAGGUUACGGGCAGAGUCUAUCCUGAUCCAGAGGAUGGCCGCUGCCGCAUAGAUUAUAGUCCCUCGCCAUCCGACAGGCAGAUGAUUCUGCAGGGGAUCAUGCGAACGGCACAACUUUGCUACGAGACGGGAGCACGGGAGAUCUUCACCAUUGUCCCCGGAUUCAAGCCCUUCGUUCGGACAAGCGAUACCACCAAAGCUCAAUUCGACGAUUGGGCUCGCGGCAUCCUCUCACACGGUUUACCAACUCCCCAGUCCUACUUUGGGUCCGCCCAUCAAAUGGGUACAUGCCGAAUGUCUGCUUGUUCAGAUAAAGGGGUGGUCGGACCUCAGGGCCAGGUUUGGGGGACAAAGGGUCUUUAUGUUGCUGAUGCCAGUGUCUUUCCCACUGCCAGUGGAGUCAAUCCUUCUGUGACCACAUAUGCAAUAGCAGACUAUAUUGCCAGGUCAAUCGUAACUGAAAGGAACCAGCCCGCCGAUGGAAACUAG